UGUGCAUAUUUGGAUACGUCACACCCUCUUGCUGUAGUAGACAAAGAACAAACUAGCUCCUUACCGUAAACCUCAUGCCUACAGGAUGCUUCUGGAGGACAGAUCAAUCAUUCUUUAGUCCCUUACAGAGGGGAAAAAAAUCCCCCACAAAACACCUUUUGAGAUGAACUAGAGCAGCAUCAUUGUUUGGCUAGCUGGAUAUCACGUACUACAAUGAAGAUACUGGUUUUCACUGGACUGCUCACUCUUACCUCCAGUCUUUUCACAACAGCUUCAGAAUUUUCACUGAAUGGCUCUGCAAUUAAAACAGUGUCUCUUAUUAAGACUUUCCGUGGAAUUUCAGCAAGGGACUAUGAUUACAUCCCCCCUUAUGCUAUAGAAGGGGAGACAACGACCAUCCAUAUCACAGAACAGAAAUGCUCUUCAAAAAAGUCAAAUGACUCCACUUUAACAGAAGUGAACAACACCACAGUGGAGUACCUGACCAGUUCUCUGAGCACCAAGCUAAUACCCGCCGUCUACCUCAGUGCUGUUUUAUUGGGUGUACCAUCUAAUGCCAUCAUUUUGUGGAUGCUGCUCUUCAGGAUCCGGUCAGUGUGCACUGCCAUCCUCUACACAAACUUGGCAGUUUCAGAUCUGCUCUUCUGCAUCAUGCUGCCCUUCAAAAUAGCAUACCACAUCAAUGGGAACAACUGGAUUUUUGGGGAAAUGAUGUGUCGAACUACCACGGUGGUGUUUUACGGCAACAUGUACUGCUCCAUUCUGCUGCUCACGUGCAUCAGUGUCAGCCGCUACGUGGCCAUCGUUCACCCCUUUACCUACAAGAGCCUGCCAAAACGUGCCUAUGCCAUUGCAGUCUGCGCUACCGUGUGGACCAUCGUUUUCUUGUACAUGCUUCCACUUUGCAUAAUGCAGCAAAGCUAUUACGUGAAACAACUGGACAUUUUUACCUGCCAUGACGUGCACAAUGCCUGUGAAACAAUAUCUUCCUUCCAGUUCUACUACUAUAUUUCUUUAGCCAUCUUUGGGUUUUUAAUACCUCUUGCAACUAUUGUUUUUUGCUAUGUCUCAAUUAUACGAACACUUAAGACUCAUGAAUGGUUCUGGUAUGUUAAAGUCAGUCUUUUGAUCCUUACCAUCUUUGCUAUUUGCUUUGUGCCAAGCAAUAUUAUCCUUAUUAUCCAUCACAUCAACUACUACUAUUACAACACAGAUGGGUUGUAUUCUUUUUAUCUAAUUGCUUUAUGCCUUAGCAGCUUAAACAGUUGUCUUGAUCCUUUCCUUUAUUUUCUGAUGUCAAAAAUUAGAAGUCAAUCCAAUAUUUAUCUAACAAUGGUUAAAAUAUCCAGGGAAAAAUGAAUUUAUUUCUAUAUUUAUAUUAUGGGAAUUAUGAUUUUGUAUAGCAUUAACCCGGGCAGCAACAAACCUCAAGUGCAACAAUUAAACUUAAAAAAUUAAAAAGUGUUAAAAACCCCCACAAUCUCAGUAAAAUUUACUUCCUUCCACACACCACACAAGAAACAUCUUCAGAAAUAUGCUCUUCUAGCUCUAUAAUUUUGUCACUCGUAUUGCAACAUCUGGCAUACGUAGAUUCAGGGAAGUGGCUCUGCACCUCCAUUUCCUUCUGAGAAGAUCACUUUCAUGGCCAUGGAGAAGAAACCAGGAUAUCUGUCACCACAGCCUCUGAACACCAGAAGAGGGAUCAAUAGCUGAACGGUACUUUUAGGCCCAUUCAUGAUUUCCAAAUACUUCAAAUUAGCUCUCAGCCCACAAUCACUGCAGCAACAGCGAUAUGAAAACAAGUUUUUGGCCCAGUGGAAAUGUGAACAAGUAAAAGUGUUUUCCACAUGCCUGGGAGCUGUCGAGCUUUGCAGAAGCUCCCUGUCACAUAGCCAAGAGCAAAUACUGCCCUGAAUGUUGGAAAUAAAGAGCCAGAGUCCCUAUAUGUUUAACAGCAGUAAAUCUACAGCUGUAGACAUGGAGCCUGACACUUCCAAGGCAGCAUCUCCUAUAAGGCUGCUUAACCAGAUUUGCAUUGCAGACUUGUUCUUCCACUUCGUCAGUGCCUGCACUCCUCUAGCCCAUGAGGAUUGCUGGGAGCUAACCCUUAUCAGUGUGAAUCCAGGCAUGUAUUAUUCUUGCUUGGUAAGCAAAACAGGGAAGCUAUUUUGUAGUAUUCUCUAUUUCCACAUCCUCACAGGAAACAUCUAGUGUUACAAAUACUGAAGCUAGUUGUGAUUGAUUGUCCACAUUAAUAAAGCAAAGGGUCAGCUUUUACAUUUACGGAAACUCAAGAGCUACAUAUAUACUAACUGUAAGUUCCUACAAAAUGAGCUCAGUGGUUAGCGCAUUUGUAUUUGUAACUGCAGUAAGACAGCGAUGAGAAAAAUGUUUUACAAAAAAAGAUUUUUUUACAAUAGUAUUGUAAAAAACUUUACUUAAAUAAAAUCAUUUGCACUGGAAAAUGUCUUCAAGGAAUUUGCAUCCUGGGAAGACUCCCCCUCUUCAAUUUCUUCUUGCUCCUAAUUGAAGUUAGUUUUA